CAGGCCCCGCCCUCUAUCCCGGAAGUGAACCCCCAGGACUGCUCCGCAGCAGUUCCGUCGCUAUCCUUGGCGCCUGGCGGCUGCAGUUCGGCGCCUGAAAAUGGACACUCUUAACAAACUCAAACAGUUUGACGCCUACCCCAAAACGCUGGAGGACUUUCGAGUGAAGACGUGGGGCGGCGCGACCGUGACAAUCAUCAGCGGCAUCUUCAUGUUAAUCCUGUUCAUUUCGGAGCUCCAGUACUAUCUCACUAAAGAGGUUCAUCCCGAGCUGUAUGUGGACACGUCCCGAGGAGACAAGCUGAAAAUCAACAUAGACGUCAUCUUCCCUCACAUGCCUUGCGCCUAUCUUAGCAUCGAUGCUAUGGACGUGGCCGGCGAGCAGCAGCUUGACGUGGAACACAACCUCUUCAAGCAGCGGCUGGACAAAGAACUUCAGCCAGUCACCCAGGAGGCCGAGAGACACGAACUUGGGCAAGCUGACGACGGUGCAACGUUUGACCCCAGCACGCUUGACCCAAAUCGCUGCGAGAGCUGCUACGGCGCCGAGACAGACGAACUCAAAUGCUGCAACACCUGUGACGACGUGCGGGAGGCAUACCGCAGGCGAGGCUGGGCCUUCAAGAACGCAGACACCAUCGAGCAAUGCAAGCGAGAGGGCUUCACGCAGAGGAUGCAGGAACAGAAGAACGAAGGCUGCCAAGUGUAUGGCUUUCUGGAAGUCAACAAGGUGGCGGGAAAUUUCCACUUUGCUCCAGGAAAAAGUUUCCAGCAGUCACAUGUCCACGUGCACGCUGUGGAAAUUCACGACCUUCAGAGUUUUGGUUUAGACAAUAUCAACAUGACCCAUGUGAUAAAACACCUGUCGUUUGGUAAGGAUUACCCAGGCAUCGUCAACCCUCUGGACGGGACGCACGUCACGGCACCACAAGCUUCAAUGAUGUACCAGUAUUUUGUAAAGAUUGUUCCCACCGUAUACAUGAAGACAGAUGGCGAGGUUGUCAAAAGCAACCAAUUCUCAGUCACCAGACAUGAAAAAGUUGCCAACGGCCUGAUAGGCGACCAGGGCCUGCCAGGUGUCUUCGUUUUGUACGAGCUGUCACCCAUGAUGGUGAAAUUUACCGAGAAACACCGGUCCUUCACUCACUUCCUGACCGGGGUGUGCGCCAUCAUUGGGGGCGUGUUUACAGUGGCGGGCCUCAUCGACGCGCUCAUCUACCACUCCGCCCGCGCCAUCCAGAAGAAGAUCGAGCUGGGCAAGGCCUCCUAACCACGCCCCCCCCCCCGUCCACCCUUGCUGGCCUCCCCACCCCACUCCCCCCCGCCCGGGUGGCGCGGCCCCCGAGCGACACGCCGGUGCAAGGACGGGCUGGCGAGAGGUAAGGAGAGGACCGAGCAUCUUUUGUGGGUUUAGUCGCGCAGAGGGACGGAAGCACAGAGAAGGACGGCCACCAUCAGCCGCUUCCUGGGGGGUUUACGCCUCCUCCUCCUCCUCCACUAAGUGACCACGGGGUGGCGCUCACAACCAGCCGUCCUCUCGGAACACGGCUGUGCUACUUUUGUUCUCACUUCUGUGCUCAUCUCUUUUUUUUUUUUCUUUUUUUUUUUUGCACAUUCACCAAGAAACCCCCAAAAGUGUCCGAAGACGGAGCGUGAAGUGGAAGGAUCCUCGUUUUUGAACGGAACACUUUUCAUCCACGACACGCUCGCCUUCCUAUUUUUCUACUAGAAGGUCGGGGGGGAAGAAGCAGCCGAUUUGACACAAACGUACGUCAAAGUUAAAGCUCGUACGUUUCUAAACCCUGAAAAUCAGGGCUGGGUGUGUUGGAGUGGG